CUCUCCGCCCCGGUGGACGGACAGCGGUAGUGCACACUGGGUUGAGGCCGUAGCGGGAGUGCGCAAAGCUGGCGGCAUGCACCUGGAGAGAAACCACCCCGCGAAGCCGGCCAAGGGCUCAGCCGGAGACAGAGCGGCAUGCAGACUAAUGCUCUAACAGCAGCGAUAUAGCAGAGCACCGGGUGGAUGUCGGAGCUGCAAAAUGGGCGUGGGAGUGAGAGACAGCCAAAAUGAAAGCGGUGUAAUUUUACGGACCUAAGAAGGGGUGGAACAGAACCCAAAAAUUCAUUUGGAUAAGGGUUGGCCUGGGUAAAAUUCGAGGUUUUUGGUUUGGUGGCUUGUUUUCUGAAAUUCGCCAGACAGCCUACUUUUUCUGUUAACCUCCGCUUGAGUUAAAGGAUGGAGAAAGGCGCACAGCAGCCGCAGCUGUCCGCGGCCAAGAGCGCAGAGUGUCCGGCGGACGACCUCUCCAAGAUAACGGACGACGAGCUGCUGAAGUGGGGCAAAGAGGAGUUGGUGCGCCGGCUGCGGAGGGCAGAGGCGGAGAAGAUGAGCGUCAUUCUGGACCACAGCAAUCUGAUGCGGGAGGUGAACCGGCGACUCCAGCAGCACCUGAACGAGAUACGGAGUUUGAAGGACGUGAACCAGAAACUGCAGGAGGACAACCAGGAGCUGCGGGACCUGUGCUGCUUCCUGGACGACGACCGGCAGAAAGGGAAGCGGGUGUCGCGGGAGUGGCAGCGCCUGGGCCGUUACAGCGCCGGCCUGAUGAGGAAGGAGGUGGCCAUCUACCUGCAGAAACUCAAGGAGCUGGAGCAGCGGCAGGCGGAGGUCAUCCGCGAGAACCUGGAGCUGAAGGAGGUGUGCCUCAUGCUGGAGGAGGAGCGGGCUGCGGCUGUGGGUGUAGUCGGCGGCGGUGGCGUAGGGGGGCAGGGAGGCGCCGGCUGCAGGAGCUCCAUCGACAGCCAGAGCAGCCUGUCUCAGCUGGGCGGAGGUGCCCCUGCUCCCGGCCUGCUCCGAGACGUUGGAGACGGGAGCAGCACCUCCAGUGCGGGGAGCACGGACAGCCCAGAUAACCCCCAUCACAAGCCGCCUACCCUGGGCUCAGGCUCCAACGCCAGCCCCGGGUCUGGACCGAGAUGUGGCUCCUCAGACCACCCGCACAAACCAGGGGAUGUCUAUGAAUCCACAGGUAGGAGGCACAGCUCCACCCCCGAGUACCACACCUUCCCCCAGUCCUGCCGCCCUCGUGGGGGGUCCCUCACCAACCUGGACCCCCGUGGCCUUCGAGGACACAGCCCGGAGAAACACAGCAAGUCUCCCACCAGGUUGCCGUGCGACUCCCACCCCAAACCCUGCAUCUCCGACGUCCCAGCCCAGAAGCAGCUUUUGAUUUCGGGGCAAGGUUCACCAGGCUCAGGGAAGGGCUCCACCAAGUCCAGCCCAGACCUGAGCCAGAGACACCGGCUAGCGAACACAGUGGGGGCUGGCUCUGGGAAUCCUGAGGCCAAACAGGCAAUGACAGGGACGCCCGAGCACCUGCGGAAAGGGAGGGUGAUAGUGGGGAGUCCAGAGUCUAUACGACACCACCAUCACCACCAGCUGAGCCCCGGUGCCGAGCACGGCAAGGGCAGGUUUGCUGUUGGCUCCCCUGGUAGGGACGGGGGCCAGAGGAGGCCAACGGGUGAGGAGCUAGCCCCCCACCAACGGACUCUCUACAACGCUCUGAUAUCCGCUGGCUGCUGCACCAACUCCUGUAGGAGUGUAAAGCUUUGGGACAGGCCAAGACGAGGCCCUGUUGGUGGAGCUUUGAUGCCUCCUGACCAUGACAUGCCUCCUGAUCAGAUGCUGCUGUGACAACACACACCCCAGAGAGAGAGCGAGCGAGAGACAGACACAGAGAAAGAGAGAGAGAGAGAGAGAGAGAGAAAGAGAGAGAGAGAGAGAGAGAGCUUGAUAGACGGGUGGCCCUAUGGACCUCUGGACGGAUGGACAGAUGACGUGAAAUCCAAACUUUUUUUUUUCAAGAGAUCCGGCAGUGAAGGGAGAGGGAGCAAAUCAGUGAAACAAGGCGGAUAAACACUGGGAACACUUGAACCUGUAAAAGCUGGAGUACAACACACACUCUCCCUCUCUCUCUCUCUCUCUCUUUCUCUCUCUCUCUCUCUCACUCUCUUUCUCUGCCCCGUCUGCUGCUGCUGCUAUGCAUUUCCUGUGGACCACCGGAAAAGACCGAAUGUCAUCGUUCCAACGGGCAAAGCCUCAUACCCGCAUUGCCAAAACGAAGAGAGGAAAAAAAAAUAAAUUAAAAGACAGUUGAGAGUCUUUGUUGCCAACAAAAUAGUCCUACCUCUUUGGAUAGAGAAAACCUACAGAUGAAAUGACUUGUGUAUGGUUGAAUACUUAAAUCUCCUGGUAACGCUGAAGGUUACAGCCCCUUCUCUCCAUAAUUACAAAGUUAUCGAUCGCUCCAAAACUUAAAAAAUAGGCACCGCGCGAUAUCGAUAAAUACUUCUGCAAAGUCGUUUUCUGGCGCGGAAGUGAAGCACACAAUCGGGGGGGGUUGCUGUCACGUUUCGUAGUCAUUUUAAGAUCUCUGCUUUACGUUUUCUUCUUCGAGGAUGCAGUCAUCUGUGUUUACGGCUGAAUUUCAAGCGGAGAAAUUUUUGAAAAAAGCGGAAUUUUGGAACGAAAACCUUUCAAUGGCACAAUAUCAAAGAUUAACAGAAGUUGGCACAAUAGGCAUCAACGGACCUAUCAUUCACUUCAGAUUUGAGGUAAAUAAGCUAUUGUUAAUAGAUUAGUCACCACAGUAUUUGAAGCUUCUGAAUAUCAUUUUGCUACUGUGUAAUUAUGAUGGAUUUACCAAGGGCGCUGUAAUUUAAAGGGUUACUUAGGGAUGAGAUGACGUGUGUGGAAGAAUAUGAAAUAUGUCCUUAUUUUGGGGGAGAAGAAAAGAUUUGGUAAUUCACUGCUCCUUGUUCAGCGUUUGUGUGAAGGUCCAUUCCUGUACCAACAGUGUUAUAAUACUCUAAACCUUGUGUCAAAGUUCAGUCAUAUAUGUGGCGGCCGUGUGUGUGUGUGUGCUCAUCAUUUUCAGCGCACCCAGGUAUCUGCUGACGGACAGCAUGUCUCGAGGUACGUUUUUAUUCCCUGGCCUCUUGAAUCUGAUUGGCUGGAGGCUGCCGUUAAACCAUACAUAUACUGGGACAAAUAUAGUGCUUGUUUAGUCAGUUUAAUCCACUGUGGAUAAGCAUCCAUGUAACCAUAACAACAAUAAACUAACAGCUACACUAACUAGUUUGGUGAUGCUAAGCAAACUAGAUUAGUGAUCAGUGUUUAAAAUACCAAUUGCAUCAAAACUAAUGUGUAGUUAUUUUCCAGCAAUUAACAAAUGAGCACAAAUAGUCAUUUUUGUGUGGAUAUGUGGCAUAUUCAAUCCAUUUUUUACGAUUUAUGUCUAUAAUCUACAAUGUCUUUGAUGCUGUGGCUCAGGCUGAAUAGUAAGUAGUAUAUACUAAAUUAAAUAAUUUCAGUAAAUAGCAUACACUUUUUUGGCUAUCAGGCUGGCUUAGGAUGGCUG